GGAGGACCAUGAAAACAUCGCCUGAUUUCUUCUUCUUUGGCGUUUUCGCUCAUAGCCUAUUUAUUAUGAUGGGAGGCAGCGGCGGCUUGGCCCUUUCUUUAUUAUAGGAACCAGAUCUCCGCGGUUAGCUAUGUGAACAGCAGAUCGCCCAAUCCUUCUCGUUUCGCGAUCCUGACGAAUAAUUAUGAACAACGCGCAAGAUAUGUCGCCCGAUUUCGUGUUGAUGCGCCUGGUUUCCGCCGCCGAGGAUGAUCGGCUGGACGCGGAGAACGGGAAUCUGCCGCCGGGAGGAGUGGUGCCAGGGCUGGGGAAGGAGGUCCUGGGGUUGGAUAUAAGCCGAGAUCCGACGGCGGGCCUGGAGCAUCCCAGCAGCCGGCUGAACAAAGCCCAGCCGAGCGGGGAGGGCACGGCUGCACCUGACAGCGGGGGCACGGAGAGCCGAGCCCCGCUGUCCGCGCCUCCUCCCCCGCAGAGCUCCAUGGAGGCCCCGGGCUUCGAGCUACGGCCUCAGCUGCUCGUCUUCUCCAACAUAAUGCGGAACGGAGAGGGGAUUUUAGACUUAGAGGGUCUGAACGAGGGCAGGGAUGCUCUGGGUCUGGAGCAGGGUUCAGGCUCCACCAUCAACAACAACACGGUGAGCUCCAGAGACAUCCAGCAGAAGCACGGCCAUCCGGCGGGCUCCGGGAGCGGGGACAGCCAGGGAGCUGCAGAGCUGUGCCACCGCCAUCGUCUCAUCACCACCCCGCCUGAGUGGCCCUUAUUGUCAGAGAGGUCCAACCCUCUCACCGUGAUGGAGUCAAAGUGGAGCUCGGCCACCAGGGACCGUGAAGGAGCCGUGUUCGAGCUGGCCCGCCGCUUCGGGGAGCUGGGGGUCGGUGCGGUCCCAAAGAUGCUGUUCAAAGCAGGAGAGCUCCCGCAGUGUUCAUGUAGGGGGGCGCACGGCGGGGAGCCUGAGGACGACCCCACAGAGACCAGCGACGCUCUGCUGGUGCUGGAGGGCCUCGGCAGCGGGGACGUAGAUGGCCUGGGCAUGGACGAGGAGUGCCCAGAGGGGGAGGCGGAGGACGAGAGCGGACGCAGGGAGUUUUUACUAAACAGGAAAAGGGAAAUAGUUCAGAAGAUGUCCGGAGCCUUCUCCAUCAGCAGCUUCCAGGCAGAGCUGAGGCGGCAGGUGGAGGUGAUGACUCCAGCCGCUGCAGGAGCACAGGUGUGCAGCCUCCAUGGGAACUUAACCAGCCAGCUCUCACAGGUAAACUCCAGGGAUACGGAGGUCGUCUCCCAUAUUUCAAACAUGUCACCUGCACCCACACCAGCCCAGAGCACACCAGGGACAACCACCCCCAACCUGAGUCAGGCAUCCACACCCAGGAGACGGCCGGAGCGGUGCGCCAGCGCGCCGCGGACUCCCACAGGCUGGACUUCCUGUGGACACAAGACACUAAAAGUUCCCGGAAAGUCCAAAAAGGGAUUAAAGAUCCGUCUGAGCAAACUGUUCCGGACUAAGAGCUGCAGCGGCUCCAAUCACCUGCUGGACAAGAGGCCGUCUGUGACGUACUCGGUGUCGUCUGCCGGGAGUCUGGUGGACAUGGCGAGCAGCGCGGGAGCUGAGCCGGACACCGACAGCCACAACCAGCCCAGACUGACCAGGGCCCACAGUGCCUUCUCCCCCGCCUCCCUCUCCGCCUCGCUCUCUGCUUUCACGGGUGAGACCGUUUCCCUGGUGGAUGUGGAUAUUUCCCGGAGAGGGGCGAACACGCCACACCCUCCCACGCCGCCCCCUCCUCCACGCCGAAGUCUAAGUUUGUUAGAUGACAUAGCCGGGCCUCAGCCUGGUCCCUUCCUAGUGAGUGUUAUGGGCGCCUCCCUGCAGUCCCUCCCCCUGCCUCUCCCUCCUCCUCCUCCUCCCUCCCACGCCACCAUCCAGCACAGUCUCAGCCUCAAUGACGCCUUCCUCCGGGCCCUCCCACAUUCAAGCUCAACAUCAGCAGAUGCUCCGGCCCCUUCCAGACAAGCCCCGCCCCCGGUGUUGUGCGCCCUCCGGAGGUCUGAAGCCAGCAACUUCACUGCCAGUCUGAGAGAGCUGGAGAAGUGCGGCUGGUACUGGGGUCCCAUGAACUGGGAAGACGCGGAGAUGAAGCUGAAAGGGAAACCUGACGGAUCGUUCCUGGUCAGAGACAGCUCCGAUCCUCGAUACAUCCUGAGUCUGAGCUUCAGGUCGCAGGGAGUCACGCACCACACACGCAUGGAGCACUACCGAGGGACCUUCAGCCUGUGGUGCCACCCCAAGUUCGAGGACCGCUGCCACUCGGUGGUGGAGUUCAUCGAGCGAGCCAUCAUGCACUCCAAGAACGGCAAAUUUCUCUACUUCCUGCGCUCCAGAGUCCCAGGGCUUCCUCCCACCCCAGUCCAGCUGCUCUAUCCCGUCUCUCGCUUCAGCAACGUGAAGUCCCUACAGCAUCUCUGUCGCUUCUGCAUCCGACAAAUCGUCCGCAUCGACCACAUCCAGGAGCUUCCACUGCCCAGACCACUAAUAUCGUACCUGAGUAAGUUUUAUUACUACGACCCCGAGGAGGAGAUGUACCUGUCAAUCAAAACCAUCAGGAGGGUGAUGGGAGCAGAUCAGGAGGCGGAGUCACAGACGUAGCAGAGAUCUGUUUCUGUGUGGAGGACUGAUCCAUUCUGGUCUGCAGCAUCGUCCAAUCGGAGUCCGUGAAUAUCUGCAUUGUCCAGAAGAACUUGGAUGGACCCGCCUCUCUCUCCGCAUGGACUAAAGAGAAAGAGGGA